GCCCUCAGUGAGGCGGGGCGCGUGGCGGACGCCCCCGGGCAGGGGCGGGAGUGGUGGAGGGGCUGGACGGUAGUCUGUGAAAGGGGCGGUGAGCGAGCUGCUCCGGUCUCAAGGCGAGGCUUGGCCUCCGGAGCAGAAACGGGGGCAAGCGGCGGCGGCGGCGGCGGCCCUCGGGCCGGCUGGUGAGGCGAUGGCGGCGCCGGCCCCCGGGGCUGGGGCAGCCUCGGGAGGCGCUGGCUGUAGCGGCGGCGGCGGCGCGGGCGCUGGCGCCGGCUCCGGGGCCGCGGGGGCCGGGGGCCGGCUGCCCAGCCGGGUGCUGGAGUUGGUGUUCUCCUACCUGGAGCUAUCCGAGCUGCGGAGCUGCGCCCUGGUGUGCAAGCACUGGUACCGCUGCCUGCACGGUGAUGAGAACAGCGAGGUGUGGCGGAGCCUGUGUGCCCGCAGCUUGGCAGAGGAGGCUUUGCGCACGGACAUCCUCUGCAACCUGCCCAGCUACAAGGCCAAGAUACGUGCUUUCCAACAUGCUUUCAGCACUAACGACUGCUCCAGGAAUGUCUACAUUAAGAAGAAUGGCUUUACUUUACAUCGAAACCCCAUCGCUCAGAGCACUGAUGGUGCAAGGACCAAGAUUGGUUUCAGUGAGGGCCGCCAUGCAUGGGAAGUGUGGUGGGAGGGCCCUCUGGGCACUGUGGCAGUGAUUGGAAUUGCCACAAAACGGGCCCCCAUGCAGUGCCAAGGUUAUGUGGCAUUGCUGGGCAGUGAUGACCAGAGCUGGGGCUGGAAUCUAGUGGACAAUAAUCUACUACAUAAUGGAGAAGUCAAUGGCAGUUUUCCACAGUGCAACAAUGCACCAAAAUAUCAGAUAGGAGAAAGAAUUCGAGUCAUCUUGGACAUGGAAGAUAAGACUUUAGCUUUUGAACGUGGAUAUGAAUUCCUGGGGGUUGCCUUUAGAGGACUUCCAAAGGUCUGCUUAUAUCCAGCAGUUUCUGCUGUAUAUGGUAACACAGAAGUGACUUUGGUUUACCUUGGAAAACCUUUGGAUGGAUGACAGUGGCUUUCUUGGGAUGAAAGACAGAGUGGAGGAGAUACCUGCUUGUGGAAAGUAGAAUCAUGAAGUGACAGUGUCAUACAUGCAUGCCCAAGAAACAUCCUGAAAAAACACAUGAUAUUGUUAACUGGAGAAGCAACUCUACAGCAGAGAUUAUCUUAGUGUUUCCUCUUUUCUACUGGGCCAGAAAAAUCCUCAGGGUUGCAGUUGGUUGAGUGGGCAGUUGACAUAUGCAUGUUUCAACAGAUUUUGUCUCUAAGUUAGCGAUGUGAUAUUUCCAACUUUUAAGGUGAGAUCUUAGAGAUGGUGUAAAAGGGAUAAGAUAAGGAACUAGCAAGAGUUUUAAGUAGUGUGUUUGUGAAGAAAGACUGAUCCUGUUUUACAACUGCCUGUUUUUUCUCCAGACCCUUUUUUCCAGCCAGCUUGACUAUUAGAAAAGUAUGAAACUGGUUGGGUUUUAUUUAAUAUUUUUAAUAUAUUGAGAAGCAUGGUCUGCCUGGACUGCACUUCUCUAAUGGUGAGAUAUAAAAUUGUGCAGCUAUUUUAAAAGUUGUAUAUACAAUAUGUGUGUAAAAAAAAAACUGUAAAAAAAAAACAGGACAAAGGAGUUGCUUUGUUCUAGUUCAAUUUCUUAAAAACCACUACAUGGUACAAAAUUAGAAUAACAUUUAGGGACAGUUUGGUAACUACAAAGAAGAAAAUUUUAAGAGGAGAUGUGUUGUAUUGGCUCAUUUUGUAUUAUAUUUGGCUUACAGUUUCCAUGCCUGUUACAGUCUGAUUUAUUUUUUUAACCAUCAAAAUUAUUAUACAGAUCCCUCAAAUCUCCAGGCUAAGAUUGAGGGAAGGCAAAUCUAUUUCUAAUCAUUCAUAUAUCAAUAAUAAUAAUAAUGUGCAUCUUAUAGAAUCUGGUUUUAUUUUUUGACCUUCCAAGAAAGUGUCUCAUAAGAACAGAGAACAUUGCCAUUUGUUCUUAUAGGCCUCAAAUAUGAAAGCUGUUAGUCACAGACCUUAAGAAAAUAAUUGAUCAAUGGUCCUUUUAUUUUGUAACUUUAUAAUGCUGUAGAUAUUAUAAUUUUUAAAUUUCAUAUUGUUUACAUCAUGCAACAAUCUAAGCCUCAAACUCUUCAUUGGGGUUGUCAAGAAAAUGUUUACUCAUCCAUCUGAAACAGUGCCAACCUGAACCCAGCUUAAGAAUGUUCUUUAUCUCAUUAUAAAUAAUUGCCCCCAUGGGACUUGAAAUAAAACACCUUAUGCUGGAAACUUCAGGUUGGUGAUAUUUUGAAGGUUUUAUUGUAGAAGAGUUUAACGUUAAUUCCUAUUCAGAAUUUUUGACUAAGAAAUCUUGAUUUCACUAAUACUCUUUCAAAUUAAUAAUUCAAUGUACAUGAGCUGAGAUUUUCUUUUGUUAGAAAGGAAACAAACAUCUUUCUGUAUGAAAGUAUAAAUUGUAUGGUUUCAGAUACAUCUUUGUGAUAAGAAUUGACUAAGGCAAGUGGAAUCUUUGUAUUUUUUAGGUUUUGCUGUAUGCAUAUUUUGUUUUGAAUCUAAUAAAAUUAGGGACAGCAAGCAUCUGGCUGGGGUUCUUGGGUUGCGAGUUUAUAUUAUCAGUACUCCUAUGAAACAAGGGAUUUCAGUCAUGAACAAAGAUUUCAUUUUUGCCACCUGAAAGGUUUACAAGUAUUUGUUGUAUAUUUGGUGUGUUGCUUAAAGGUGUAAUCUGUUAAAGAUCCUUUUUGAUAUCCACAUCAAGGAAGAAACCUCCUAGAAACCAUAUUUAAUACUACAGAGUGAAAUUAUAUGUUAAAUGUAUUAGAGAACAUAGCUGCUACAGAAAUUGAUUUUUCUUGGUGUAGAACAACUCAAUUUGACAAAGUUUAAAAUUAAAGAAGCGAUCUGGUUCAGGAUAAAGAUUGAACUAGCUAGAAAGCUAUAAGGUCUUGUAAGCACUUCUUUCUUUUUCAGAUUGUGAUAUGGUCAAUUCCAAGAGCUUUUGCUCAGAGUUUUGUUUAUAUCUUCUGUUUUGUCUUAUUAGUAAACAUUCAUUUGUAACAAAGUUUUGAAGGUGCUGAAUGGAAAACAGAAACACAUAGUUAUUGCAUAUUGAACCUAGAAUCAAAUAAUUGCCUAAAUAUUUAAUAACAAGCCAUUCUUGUCUCAAAGACUUAAAUUCUUUAAUAUCCAAUUUGCAAAUUUUAUAAAAUGGAGGUUCAUAUUUAGCAUGAUCAUCAGGGGAAUGAAGAGCCUUCAUUUAUAACCUGGUAAAUUAAUUUGUUACUGGAGACCAAUAGUAGUUGUACAGAAUACUAAGACAAACUGUUACAAUGUUUGAGGAAAUGGAAUCUCUUUUUCAUUGGUGCUGAGCGAGCACUUAGGUAGAAGCCAGUUGCCUCUGAAUAUUGAAUAUAAAUCAUCUAAACCAGUGGUUCUCAACCUUGGCUAUAGUUUGGAGUCACAGGCAUUUUGAAAAAUAUUGAUGCUUGGGUCCCAUACCCUAAGAUUCUGAUGUUGGUCUGGGCUAUGACAUGACCAUAAGGAUUUUUAAAAACUUCUUAGGUGAUUUCAAUAUGUUGCCAAGUUUGAGAACCACUGAUCUAAAUUCACCUUAAGUUUUCUCAUCUGCAAAAAAAAAAAAAAAAAUCCUUGCUCCCUCCCUUCACUACCUCAUAAGGAUAUUGGGGGUAAAGAAGAAAAUAAUGGGAAAGUGCUUGUGCUAUAGAUAAAAAGUGCUAUUGAAAGGCAAAGUUAUAUUUGUUGUAUUUCAUCUGAAACUAUGAUCAGGAAGAAAUGUGUAAUUGAAUUUGCUCUGUUGACUUUGGAAACCAGAAGCACUCUCUUUGGUUCUUAAAUUUAGCAAGGCAUGCAGAUGGGUAAGAAAACAUUACUAUUACUCUUAUUCAUUCUAUGGUCUUCUGUCAUACUUGAGAUAGGCUGGUUUAAUUAUCUGGUUUUACACAGGAAAGAAGAAAUAUUAAGGUUUAAAGUCUGUAAUGGUCAAUGGCUCACAAUUCAUUAAAACUUUUCAUACAAAGAAUUCUGUGGUUAAUAUAUGUCAUUUCUUAGUUGCCAUUAUUUUUUCAUUAUCUGACUUUUGAAUAUUGAACCAUUUAUUUCACCUCCUUCAUUCUUAUUCCUGUAAGUUUGGAUAUAGAUUUGAUAAGGCACCUAAAGCAAGUAGGUGUUGCUCAGUUGAAUACUUCAAGUCAUGCUUCCGUGAUUAGGCAUCUUCUGUCUUUUAGAUAUGAUUUGACCUGGGAGAGAGAGUUUUGAAAAGAACAGAGCCCUAACCUACAUAGUAGUAUUACAAUUAACUUCUCAUUUAUGUCUCCAAACUGCUGUUUAUAUAAGACUGUAAUAUUUAUAUUUUUGAUCAUCUAAAAAAAUGAACAGUUUGAUAAGAUAGAAACUUGAAUUUUAAAGAUGAGUAUUGAGAUUACAUUCUAGAAAUCAAGACCACCACUUUAAAGCCUUCCUGAAAGGAACAGUUCAUACCUAACCCAAAUGCUAUUCUAAUAAAGCAUUCCUCAGUUUCUCUAGCUGAAUGUAAUCUCUCCUUCCUUGAAAUUUCCUUGUCUUUAUAUUUAUCUAUACUUAGCUCAUGCUGUAUUACUUUAUACCUUGUAUAAAUUUAUUUAUAUUUAUUAUUUGUUUAUGUCUUAGCUCCCCUAAACAUCUUAAGAAAGAAUCUCUGAUGGACUCAUCUUUAUGCUCAUGUUAUCAAACCUAAUAUAGGAAGAAAAAAAGCUCUGAAUUUACAGACGAUAGUAACAAAAGAUAGAUGAGAAAAAUUCUUUUUGUAUCCUAUCUGAGUGAAGCUAAUCUGAGGCUUGUAAGGAAGAAAUAGUGACUGUGAAUGCAUUUUAGCUAUUCCCCUUUAUUCUUAAAUAUUGGUAAACUCUGAUACUUAGUUCUUGA